AUGUCACUUACUAACCGAAAGAGAAAAGAACCUUCCUACAAAAGUGACGUUGCUAAUGACAAGCUAGAGAAUGCAAACUCCGACUCUUCUGUAUAUACAUCCGAAGAAGAUAAUGUAGAUACGUCUUUAUCUGAGUCUUCCGCUAAUACUACAACUGUCAUUUCUUCUCCAGCAAAGAGGCCUAAAACCGAAGGAAUUAACGGUUCAUCAAAUACAAAUCAAUUUUUACGAGAAAAUAAAACGGCAGCACGAGAGAAAAGCAAGACGGCACAAAUAUUAAAAGAACGCCCGUUUAAAAUCAAUACACCACCAACCGAUAGACCUGUUCGCAUAUAUUGCGACGGGAUAUAUGACCUGUUCCAUAUUGGCCAUGCCAAAUCUUUAGAGCAAGCAAAAAAGUCUUUUCCACAAGUCCACCUGUUGGUCGGCGUCUGUGACGACGAAACGACUAACAAAAAAAAAGGUAAAACAGUUCUUAAUGAGCACGAACGUGCGGAAUCAUUAAGACACUGUAAAUGGGUGGACGAAGUUAUUGAACACGCCCCAUGGGUCGUGGAUCAAGAUUUUAUAGAUAAACAUAAAAUAGACUACGUCGCGCACGAUGACCUUCCUUAUGCUUCCGAGGGCACUGAUGAUAUUUAUGCCUUUGUUAAGGAUCAGGGUCGGUUUCUUCCUACGCAACGUACUGACGGUAUAUCAACCUCAGAUAUUAUAACCCGAAUAGUUCGGGACUAUGACCAGUACAUCCGGCGCAAUUUAGAAAGGGGCGUUUCUCCAAAGGAGUUAAAUAUUGGAUUCCUUAAGGAGCAGGAGCUGCACAUGAAAAAGUCCAUCUCCGAGAUUCGUACCACAAUCCACCAAAAUUGGCACGGGACCAAGGUGGAACUGUCUAAUGACCUCUCUGAGCUGAGAAAUGACUUGGCACAAACUUUUGCCCUUUGGGAAUACAGGAGUCAAGAAUUUGUUCGGGGUUUUGCUGCAAGGUUUGGCGCUGAAAGCGUCGUGGAUAAAAUAUUUCGUCGCCAGCCACGCAGAACCUCAACAAAUGAGUCUGGAACCACAAAUGGUGGAUCAUCUGAUGAUGAUGAUUCAGAGCUUCGUUCGCGAAGUGUAUCUCCCGUUCGAAGAGUGAUCGAUUUUAUUAUCGAUCAAAGAGGUUCCAGAAGACGAUAA